CCGCCGGGCCCGUGCGCCGCCGACGCCAGGAGUGACCCUGUCUGGCGUCACGAAAGCGCAAAAAGCAUCCUGUUGAAGGCGAGGAAAGAAAGGAUGUACUGGCCUCAACCGCCGCGUGUAUUUAGAGCCCGAGGAGACUUCCCCUACAAUGACUUUCGUGAAGCGAUGUUUCAAGCCCAAGCCUACCGGAACAGCAAGGUUGGAUGGUUCCUUCGCACGCCUGAUUGGACAACGAUCCGGCUGCCGCCGUUCGAGAAGAACCUGUACGAGGAGCAUCCGGCCACGACAAGCCGGUCGAUGGCCAAAGUGGACGCCUACAGAAAAGUCAACGGUAUAUCGGUGAGAGGCAACAACGUGCCGAAGCCCAUCCUUGCUCUGGAAGAGUCCAACUUCCCGGACUUCAUCGUCAAGAGCAUCGAGACUUCCCGCGACCACACUCUGCCCACGCACAUCGAGGCACACUGCUGGCCCAUCGCACUCACGUGCAGGAACUUUCUGGGCAUCACGGAGACGGGAUCACACAAGUCGCUCGCCUACCUCGUGCCGGCAGUCAUCCACGUCAGUCGGCAGCCGCCCCUGCAACAGGGAGACGGACCCAUCGCCGUCGUGUUGGCUCCGACACGAGAGCUGGCCAAGCAGAUUCACAACGCAGCCUUAGAAUUGGGUGAGCACGCUACAUUGCGAAGCGUGUUCGCUUCGAGCGGGGAGCCCAAGGAAGGCCAGUGCGACGAGCUGAAAAAGGGCUGCCACAUCUGCGUGACCACGCCUCGACGCCUCAUCCACUUCCUCGAGGAAGGCAAUGUGAAUCUGCACCGCUGCACCUAUCUCGUGCUGGACGAGGUAGACCGCAUGCUGGCAAUGGGUUUCAAGCCCCAUGUCCUCAAGGUGUCCGAGCUCUGCCGGCCGGACCACCAGACGAUAAUGUGGAUCACAUCCUGGCAAAACGAGCUCAGGCCCUUUGUCGAGGACCUGCUCUACGACUACAUCGAAAUCGAGUUCGGAAUGCCACAGCUGCCCGCUGAAAAUGGCAUCGAAAUGACCGUCGACGUGUGCCAAGAGGCACAGAAGGAGGCGAAGCUAGCCCAGCUCUUGGACGACGUGCUCAAGGAGAAGUCAAAGAAAGCCGUUGUGUUCACCCACACGAAGAUGAAGGCAGACGAGCUUGCGUGGAAACUCCGACUCCGCGGCUGGUCUGCCAUCGGCCUUCACGGAAAGAAGACGAAAGAGGAGCGCGACUGGAUCGUUUCGAUGUUCCGGUCUGGUACGUCAAGCGUGCUCGUGACGACGGACAAGGUCGCGCAGGACUUGCUCCUCGAGAACGUGCGUCUGGUGGUGAACUACGACUGCCCGGACUGCUCGGAACUCUACGCGCGCAGGUCGAGCCACGUUGUGCGUUCAGGUGAACCAGGCGUGGUUCACACGUUCAUCAUUCCGACCCAGCAGCAGUAUGCCGCAAUACUGAUUGCAAUCCUGGAGGAGGCCAAGCAGCCCGUUAAGCCAAAGCUGUACACUAUGGCAAAGAAAGCUCGUUCAAAAAAAUGACGCCUUUGGCACCGGCGGUCGGCAAGAUGCUCGGGGUGAUGGCGGCCCAAGGAACGAACUCGCUGUCCUGAAGAAGCCUCUUAAAAUUCCCGCCUCUGCAGAACUGACGGAAGAAGCAGACGGCUAUUCAUUUAACUUUAUGCCAAUUAAAACCCAUAUUUAUUCUGUUUGUAAUCUGGUAUUAAUGAAUGAUUGGGCAAGAAAUGAAAUAAAAUUUGAAUUCACUA